AUGGCUCCAAAGACCAACAUUGUUGGGGAACUCGUAUACACGAGCCUCAGCGUUCCCCCUAAACAGUACCAAGAUGUAUACCGCAACACUCUAGAGCCUAUUCUCUUAGCUCGACCAGGUUUGAUCUUGGCCAUGGCUGGCGUCGUCACUACAAGCACGGAUAAACCCAGUUCCACAAUGGUUUCGUUAGUAAACUGGGAGAGUGUGGAUGCCCAUGUAGCGUUCAUCGCGGGUCCAGCAGCAAAACCCUUUUUCGAAGCUUCCACGCCUUUAAUGAGUGCAGCACCUACCGUCGAGCAUUACGGAAUUAAUGUCCUGGGAACUCCUGCAGUUGAGUGCCGGUACACACGUUUGUUGAAAGCCACCGAUGAGAGCGAUAAGGAGCUCUUGGCAAAGGUUCACGAGAAGCAUGUGGCUACUGAGGGCGCAGGCAUGGCGGCAAUUAGCAACUGUGCGGAGGAUGCAUCGUUGAAAACACUGAUACUGUUCAGCAACUCUGACAAGUUUGAUGCGGCAGCUGGUGUCUCGAAUGACAGCACAAGCAUCAAGUCUUUUACAAUCAAGUGGUAUGCAAGAGGGGUGAAGGGCGAAUAA